UUUGUGAGAUUCACAGCGCACUUCUGAAGGGAUUUGCUCAGUUUUUCAUAUUUUGACAUUUUUAUCCAUUUUUUAUUCCAAAUGUGCACACUGACAAUCUUUCCUCGUACAUGAGCUUUUUCACUGGACGUUAAGGCCCACGAAGCGAGCGAGCCAGCCCUCCCCCCUCUAUGUAUAGAAAGCACUCUACGUAGUCUGUCCAAGUGGAGUUGCCGUACAAGCUCCGCUGCAGAUGACUUCCGCCUUCGUUUCGGGUAGCAGCGACGUCAAACGGCGAUUUUUGUGACGAGAUUUGCGCAAACCUACUGGGCGAGGAUGGCUGAAACUGUCAAUCAUCCAUUCCAACGUAUAGUGGAUCCCCUGGAUCCCCAGGUUGCAAAUCAGCAUUUCUAUAAUCUCUCCAAACUUGAAGAUCCCAGAUAUGGGAGCUUGCCGUUCUGCAUCCGUGUUCUCUUGGAGUCUGCCGUCAGAAACUGCGACGGCUUUCUGGUGAAACAGUCCGACGUGGAAAAUAUCCUCAACUGGAAGCAAACCCAGACGCAGAGGGUGGAGAUCCCGUUCAUGCCGGCGCGCGUCAUCCUGCAGGACUUCACCGGCGUACCCGCUGUGGUGGAUUUUGCCGCCAUGCGCGAUGCGGUGGUUAAGCUUGGCGGAGACCCUGCCAAAAUCAAUCCCGUUUGCCCGGCUGACCUAGUCAUUGAUCAUUCUGUCCAAGUGGACUUUAACAAAAAGUCUGAUAGCCUCCAGAAAAAUCAAAACUUGGAGUUUGAGCGCAACAGAGAGAGAUUCCAGUUCCUUAAGUGGGGCUCCCAAGCUUUCAGGAACAUGCGUAUCAUUCCGCCCGGUUCAGGGAUUGUCCACCAAGUCAACUUGGAGUAUUUGGCCCGGGUGGUGUUUAACCACCGAGGCUUUUUCUACCCCGACAGCCUGGUGGGCACCGAUUCCCAUACCACCAUGAUCGAUGGCCUCGGUGUUCUGGGAUGGGGCGUGGGUGGCAUCGAAGCAGAGGCGGUGAUGCUGGGUCAGCCCAUCAGCAUGGUUCUACCCGAGGUGGUCGGAUACAAGUUGCGCGGCAGCCCCGACCGCUUCAUUACGUCCACCGACAUUGUUCUCACCGUCACCGAGCAUCUGCGCCAAGUGGGCGUCGUCGGCAAGUUUGUGGAGUUUUUCGGGCCCAGCGUGGCUCAGCUGUCCAUUGCGGACAGAGCCACCAUCUCCAACAUGUGUCCAGAAUACGGAGCCACCGCAGCGUUCUUUCCGGUGGAUGGCGUCAGCGUGGAAUACCUCAAGCAGACCGGGCGAGAAGCACAAAAGCUGGCCUACAUUACAAAGUAUCUGAAGGCCGUGGGCAUGUUCCGGGACUACGGCGACGUCUCCCAGGAUCCAGAUUUCAGUCAGGUUGUAGAGUUGGACCUCGGGACGGUGGUUCCGUGCUGCAGUGGGCCCAAGAGACCUCAGGACAAAAUUCCUCUUUCAGACAUGAAGGAAGACUUUGAAAGGUGUCUGGUUGCAAAGCAAGGUUUCAAAGGCUUUGCCGUGGCCCCGGAUGGUCAGAGCGCAACAGUCCCCUUCUGCUACGACGGAAAAGACUACUCGUUAAGCCACGGCUCUGUUGUGAUCGCGGCCAUCACCAGCUGCACAAACACCAGCAACCCGUCCGUCAUGCUCGGAGCCGGACUCCUCGCUAAGAAGGCGGUGGAGAACGGCUUAAGCGUGAGGCCUUACAUCAAGACCAGCCUUUCGCCCGGCAGUGGAGUGGUGACCUAUUACCUGAAGGAGAGCGGCGUUAUGGACUAUCUCUCUCAGUUGGGCUUUGAGGUGGUCGGCUACGGUUGCAUGACCUGCAUAGGAAACAGUGGACCCCUCCCGGAGCCGGUGGUGGAGGCCAUCUCCCAGGGAGACUUGGUCGCCGCAGGCGUCCUGUCAGGAAACCGAAACUUUGAAGGUCGCGUCCACCCCAAUACCAGAGCCAACUACCUUGCCUCGCCGCCGCUCGUUAUUGCUUACGCCAUAGCCGGGACUGUAAAGAUUGACUUUGAGACAGAACCUAUCGCCGUUAAUUCCCAUGGCCGAGGGGUCUUCUUGAGGGACAUCUGGCCCACGCGCGAAGAGAUCCAGCAAGAGGAGACAAAGUUUGUCAUCCCGACAAUGUUCAGAGAAGUCUACCAAAACGUCGAGAAAGGGAAUGAACGCUGGAACUCUCUGGUGGCGCCGUCAGACGAGCUGUAUCCCUGGGAUGCCGCCUCCACGUAUAUCAAGUCCCCGCCGUUCUUUGAUGGCUUGAGCAUGCAGUUAAAUCCUCCGGCAGCCAUAGACGGCGCCUACGUGCUGCUGAACUUGGGCGACUCAGUGACGACGGACCACAUUUCCCCUGCUGGGAACAUCACCAGAAGCAGCCCCGCCGCCCGCUACCUGUCAAGCAGAGGCAUCAGCCCACGCGAGUUCAACUCUUACGGCUCCCGUCGAGGGAAUGACGCCGUCAUGGCCCGGGGGACGUUUGCCAACAUCCGCCUGUUUAACAAAUUCCUCAACAAGCAGGCGCCACAAACUGUUUUCCUGCCAACUGGCGAAGUGAUGGACGUUUUUGAUGCCGCCGAGCGAUACGGCCAAUCGGGAGUCCCGCUCCUGAUUCUUGCCGGGAAGGAGUAUGGUUCGGGUAGCUCGAGAGAUUGGGCAGCCAAAGGUCCAUUGUUGCUGGGCAUCAAGGCUGUUCUCGCCGAGAGCUACGAGCGGAUCCAUCGGAGCAAUCUGGUGGGGAUGGGAAUAAUCCCGCUGGAGUAUUUGCCGGGAGACAACGCAGAGAGUCUGGGCUUGACCGGAAGAGAACGCUUCCACGUCGCCAUCCCCGAGAACAUCGCCCCUGGGAUGAUCGUGGCCGUGACGCUCCACACGGGCAAAACCUUUGGCGUACGGAUGAGGUUCGACACCGACGUGGAACUGGCCUAUUUCCACCACGGGGGAAUCCUGAACUACAUGAUCCGCAAGAUGUCUAAAAAUUAACGUCCAGAGUUAUCCUUACCUCAAGUUGCAUUCCGUUCCUCUUUAAGUGUUGUGUUAUCCGUAGCAUUCUAUAAAGUGGCCUCGGUGGAUAGUUUGCCUUCA